UCGGCCGCUCCGCCAAUCAGAGAAGUGUGAGGCACACCGGUAGCAGACGCGAAGUAUAGACUUGUUUAUUAGCUGCAAUUUUCAAUUUUCACCAAAUUUGCUGCUGUUUAGAAGCAAGCGUCGCUUCAUCACGGAAAGCUAACCUUGUGCAUGCUUCAGUGUGAUUACGUACGCAAAUGGAGGCUUGAUUCUAGGUGGUUUUCCAUUCUGUUCUUCCGUGUUUGGGAUAGGCCUAAGUUGAGGCCUAGAUCCCAAACGACUCUGUACCAGAAAAGAAGCAUCGAAAUAUCGAAGAAUAGUGGUGUCUCUCGUGCGAUCACCCCCUCUGAUGGCAACUGUAAGUCAGGGGAACAAUUUUUCAUAUCAUCAGUUUUCCAAAGAUGUGGUGACUGCAGAAGCGGACGGCGCCUGUUCCAAAGAACAGGCUACUGAGAACAUGACGGAUGCGAUUGCCGAAACUGAUACUCAGAACAACGAGUCUUCGCCGGUUAUAGACAUUGUUAUCAACAACGUGGUGUGCAGUUUUAGUGUUCGAUGUCACUUAAAUCUUCGACAAAUAGCUUUAACAGCUUCCAACGUCGAAUAUCGUCGUGAGAACGGGAUGUUGACCAUGAAGAUAAGGGCCCCUUACACCACAGCGAGUAUAUGGUCUUCAGGGAAAAUCACAUGCACGGGAGCAACAAGCGAGGAAACAGCCAAGCUGGCAGCACGCAGGUAUGCCCGUAUCCUGCAAAAGCUGGGCUUCCGAGUGAAGUUCCAUAACUACAGGGUGGUGAAUGUGUUGGGCACCUGUGUCAUGCCCUUUGCGAUCAAGCUGGUGCCUUUCUCGCAACACCAUCGAGGUGUGGCCAUCUAUGAGCCCGAGUUGCACCCUGGUGUCACCUUCCGAAUAAAAGACCUCAAAGCCACACUAAAGGUGUUCUCUACAGGGAGCAUCACAGUCACAGCCCCAAGCGUGCCAAAUGUACAACAAGCCAUAGAACAGAUCUUCCCGUUGGUGUACGAAUUCCGCAAGGAGCGCUCGGCGGAGGAACAAAAGACUGCAAACGCAAGGAGGCAGGCCUCUAAGGCGACCCCCGUCGUGUUUGCAAACAACGGCGGCUACGACUCCCUCGACAGUGAAGCAGACGAGGAGGAGGAGCACAUGGACUACCCAGAAUCUGACCAGAGCUGGGAAUGACACUGAUCCUCCAGCUAGCCUGGACCCACGUGGCUAGUCCAUCUAGUCUCUCUCCCAUACCCAUAGAGUGCUGGCUUCUCACCGAACCCCUUCACCGUGUGUUGCGUAAACCCCCACCCCAUUUUCCACGAACACUAGGAAGAAGAGACUCAUUUCCGGGCUCAAGAUGAAACCAACGGGGCUUCGUGCGGCGAAUGGUGUGAAUAAUUUUAUAUAGUCUCGCGUACGUGCGAGGGAAGCCGCCACCACGAGCACAGAGUAAAAAAAAAAGUUUGCCAAAGAGUGUUUUCGAAACCUU